AACAAGGUCAUGAUGGUCCUUGUGGAUAAGUUGUUUAGGUCUGACCUGCACCACCAGCCCUCCUGCGGCAACAGAAGCAUAAGCCAGAGGAGUGAUUUAAGAUCCACUGCAGGUGCGUGAGCAGCAGCCCUGCUGUGCAACAACCUCAGGGCCACUGCGACUCAAGGAUGCGCGCUCACUGGAGCCCAGUCUUGGUGAUCCUGGGGGCAACCUGGGCCUGCAGCAGGAGUGUCUGCCACAGGGAACAGUCAACGUGGUUCCAGGGGGUCUUCUUGUCUUCCAUGUGCCCCAUCAACGUCAGUGCCAGCACCUAUUAUGGAAUUAUGUUUGAUGCAGGGAGUACUGGAACACGAAUUCACGUUUACACCUUUGUGCAGAAAAAUCCAGGACAACUGCCAAUCCUGGAAGGGGAAAUUUUUGAAUCUGUGAAGCCAGGACUUUCUGCUUUUGUAGAUGAACCUAAGCAGGGCGCUGAGACGGUUCAAGGACUCUUAGACCUGGCCAAAGAUGCGAUUCCCCAAAGUCACUGGAAGAGGACGCCGGUGGUCCUGAAGGCAACUGCGGGACUGCGCUUGCUGCCUGAACAGAAAGCCCAAGCUCUGCUCUUCGAGGUAGAAGAAAUCUUCAAGAAGUCACCUUUCCUGGUACCAGAUGACAGUGUUGGCAUCAUGGAUGGGUCCUAUGAAGGCAUAUUAGCUUGGGUUACUGUGAAUUUCCUGACAGGUCAGCUGCGCGGUCGUGGCCAGGAGACCAUGGGCACUCUGGACCUGGGCGGGGCCUCCACCCAAAUCACAUUUCUGCCGCAGUUUCAGAAAACCCUGGAACAAACCCCUAGGGACUACCUCACUUCUUUUGAGAUGUUUAACAGCACUUACAAGCUCUAUACACACAGUUACUUGGGAUUUGGACUGAAAGCGGCAAGACUGGCAACCCUGGGAGCCCUGGAAAUGGAAGGAGCUGAUGGACACACUUUCCGCAGCGCCUGUCUACCACGGUGGUUGGAAGCAGAGUGGGUCUUUGGGGGUGUGAAAUACAAAUAUGGUGGCAACCAGGAAGGGGACGUGGGCUUUGAGCACUGCUAUGCCGAAGUGCUGCGAGUGGUGCAGGGAAAGCUGCACCAGCCAGAGGAGGUGCGGCGCAGCUCCUUCUACGCGUUCUCUUACUACUACGAUCGGGCUGUGGACACGGGCAUGAUUGAUUAUGAGAAGGGAGGUGUUUUAAAGGUGGAAGAUUUUGAAAGAAAAGCCAAGGAAGUGUGCGAUAACCUGGAGGCAUUCUCCUCGGAGAGUCCUUUCCUGUGCAUGGAUCUCAGCUACAUCACAGCCCUGCUAAAGGAUGGCUUUGGCUUCGCAGACAGCACUGUCCUGCAGCUCACCAAGAAAGUUAACAACAUAGAGACAGGCUGGGCCUUGGGCGCCACGUUCCACCUGCUGCAGUCCCUGGGCAUCUCCUACUGAGGUCAGUCAUUCCUCUGAGGCCUGUGUCAGCCAACAAGCUUCGGAAAGAGAGGAGAAAAGACAUGGCCAUUUCCUGAGCCAGGCCGGACUGAAGUCCAGCAGCUGGCUUUCUUGCGGGGAAAGGGCUUUUAUAGCUGGAUCUUGCCCAUGCGCCUACAGAGUUGGAUUGGAUUAAUUCUACACAUCUACUGUGAACUUAUACCUAACCACUUGGAGUGCACACCUGGCUCCACAGCUAAACCUGUGAGCUGCUUUGUCAUGGAGAGCCCCGGGAGCCAAAAAGAGUAGCUUUGGGAUGCAGCCUUGGAGUUAGAACUCAGGGAAUGGUCCCUGGGAACCAAAGAAAAGUGUCAUUUCAACCCUUUGAGUGCCUCAUUCCUUUAAACAUUGUCUCUUCCCUGCUAAAUUAAGCAAUGCAUGACCUAUCAGUA